AUGAAAUCAUUGAUCCAGCACGCCGAUAUCGCUUCCGUUAUGCAGGAUAUCAAUAGCCGUGAAUCAAACGACAAGUCAUUCCCAUCUGUCUCAAUUAUCAUACCAGUUCAUAAUUCAAUCGAAUGGAUUGAAGAAUGUCUGGUUUCCGUUAUUGAUCAGACAUAUGUUGGGCGCAUUCAGGUUAGUCUAUAUGACGAUGCGUCGAACGAUGGCUCAGAUAUUAUGAUCCACGCAUGGAGAUCACUUUUCCAGCAGUUUGGAAUAUCUACCGUUGCAUCAGGGCGUUGCUGGGGAUACCAUCAGAAUAACGGGCAAUUGUUAUUUUGCAAUAUUCAUGAUUAUCAUUCAUGCCAUGCAGGAGGUAUAGGUCAUGGCAAAAACAUGGCAACAUGUCAGUCCACGGGAUCGUACCUUCUUUUCCUUGACGCCGAUGACGUAAUGUUCCCAACACGACUGGAAAAACAGCUUCAACUUGCAGCCAAAAACCCUGGAGCAAUCCUUGGAGGUUGCUGGAAACGUUUGCCGGCGGGCUCAACCGAACAUUAUGAAUCUUGGGCAAAUGUCCUUGAAUAUGAACGACUUUGGCUCGAACAGUUUCGCGAAGUCACAGUUCAAAUGCCAACGUGGUGCAUGUCUCGUUCUGUCUAUGAUGCACUUGGCGGAUUUGUGGAAUCGCCCCCUGGGGACGGAGAGGUAGGCAUUGAUUAUGAUUGCGGGCUGGUUCAACUGAUCGCACGAACCUGCCCAUACUUGUUAUUUGAAUGUCAUCCCGUCAAUCAUCCUUCCAAUAUGAAUCCUAAAUCAUACCUUCGUACUUUAUUGGACCCUCUUCAUCUGGGCGAGGACUUCAUCUUUUUUCAAUCAUUUCUCGAUUCAUUUGGUCCCAUCAAUUAUGAUGGUGGGCAUAGUUCUAUUGCACGAGCAGGGACCCCGGAGAACCCUACUCUGAUGUAUCGUUGGUCACCCGAGUCUGGAACAUCGCGUGUAUCUCGUAGACAGUUGGCUCGGAUUCGGGUUGCUGCGUUUGAACGACGUAUCCUAUCGCAGGCUUCAUGGAGUCAUUUUUCCAUCUGGGGUGCAGGCAGGGAUAGUCAUGUGUUUUUUUCGGAGCUCAGCAAAAAAGCCCAAAGUCAAGUUGUGGCUUUUGUUGAUCUAGAUUCAGGAAAGUGUGGAACUGCAUACACCAAUCACCAUUGUGGUACUCCGACAACCAUACCGAUCGUUCACUUCAAGGAGUUCUCAGAAUAUCUUCGCAAGGAGAGAGCUGCAUUGAAUGAUUCCGGUAGUGUGCCGGUUGUGGCAUGUGUUGCAAAACGCCGGAAGGGCGAAGGCUGCGCAGGAGAUCUUGAGUCCAACAUCGGAACUCUGGGGUUGCUUGAAGGGUUAUCCCUUUGGUAUUGUUACUGAUGUCAUAUACAGCAGGUCGGAUUAUGACUUCUUGGGCUCCUCCGUAGAACGACAAGCUCUUCGUAGGAUUAUUCAGCAAAGCCGAUCUUGCAUGACUCCGACUUGCAAAAUGUAACGCUCAACUGGUAUCGACGAACUGGUCUCGCACUAACCAGAUAGAUCGUUCCUUGAUUGAUAAAUUUUCUAUGAAAAUCUGUCUGCCGACAGACGUUGAGAAAUCCCGCUCGAAAUCCCGCUCGCUCAUGCCACUCGUGGGUGGGGUUGGGAGGGCGCGCACAACGCGCACGCACGUGGUCACAUGGGUGCAACACGGCGCGGAACCUAC